UCUAGGAGCCAUGUCCACCUUGUUCCCCUCACUCUUCCCCCGUGUGACUGAGACACUGUGGUUUAAUUUGGAUCGACCCUGUGUGGAGGAGACAGAGCUGCAGCAGCAAGAACAGCAGCAUCAGGCCUGGCUCCAGAGCAUUGCAGAGAAAGACAACAACCUGGUACCUAUUGGCAAGCCGGCCUCAGAGCACUAUGAUGACGAGGAAGAGGAAGAUGAAGACGACGACGAGGACAGUGAAGAGGACUCAGAGGAUGAUGAGGACAUGCAGGACAUGGAUGAGAUGAAUGACUACAAUGAGUCACCUGAUGACGGAGAGGUCAAUGAGCCUCCUCUGCAGGUGGACAUGGAAGGCAACGAACAGGAUCAGGACCAGUGGAUGAUCUAGGUAGACAAGAAAAGGUGGUCUCAAGAAAAGGGGUCCGAGGAUGGCCCUGGACUCCCUGCAGAACCAGCUGAUCACCCACCCCCAUGGCCCACCCCAGUGCCUGAAUGCUCAUCCUCAGGCACUUCCUCAGCUGCUGCCAGGACCUGAUCUUCUUGGUCCCUCCCAGGCCAUCAGUCUGCCCUUGAAUCCCCAGGGCCUAAGCCCAGCCCACUCCUUUCUAGCCAGCAUCUCACCCCUUGUUUGUCAGAUCUAGUCUCUUUCUAACUUUCUUUAAUAAAGACACAGGACUGAUUUUUUUUCCCCA